AAAGUAGAGGCACGAGCAAUGGAGGGUUGAGGAAUCAGCGUACAAGGUGAAUGUGAACAAACUAAAUGACACACACUAGAAAAGCAAGACAAACUUCCCAUGCCUUUUGAUUUUUUCCGCUGUUUACGAAGUGACGACGAUCUUGACACGCCAAUGGCGGCUAUAAGGAAGAAGCUUGUGAUUGUAGGAGAUGGAGCAUGUGGUAAAACAUGUCUCUUGAUCGUGUUUAGCAAAGACCAGUUCCCAGAAGUAUAUGUACCAACAGUGUUCGAAAACUAUGUAGCUGAUAUUGAAGUUGACAGCAAACAGGUUGAAUUGGCGUUAUGGGACACAGCAGGACAAGAGGAUUACGAUAGACUCCGACCUCUGUCCUACCCCGACACGGAUGUCAUCCUCAUGUGCUUCUCCAUUGACAGUCCGGAUAGUUUAGAGAAUAUACCAGAGAAAUGGACACCUGAAGUAAAACAUUUCUGCCCUAACGUGCCAAUAAUCCUUGUCGGCAACAAGAAGGAUCUCCGUGGAGAUGAGAACACGAAAAGAGAACUGGCUAAAAUGAAACAAGAACCGGUUAAAUAUGAAGAUGGUAAAGGCAUGUCUGAUAGAAUAAAUGCUUUUGCAUAUCUAGAGUGUUCUGCUAAAACUAAGGAGGGAGUUCGGGAGGUGUUUGAAACAGCCACCAGAGCAGCUCUGCAAGUUGAAUUGGCGUUAUGGGACACAGCAGGACAAGAGGAUUACGAUAGACUCCGACCUCUGUCCUACCCCGACACGGAUGUCAUCCUCAUGUGCUUCUCCAUUGACAGUCCGGAUAGUUUAGAGAAUAUACCAGAGAAAUGGACACCUGAAGUAAAACAUUUCUGCCCUAACGUGCCAAUAAUCCUUGUCGGCAACAAGAAGGAUCUCCGAAAUGACGAGAGUACGAAGCGAGAACUGAUGAAGAUGAAACAAGAGCCGGUUAGGGCCGAGGACGGACGUUCAAUGGCAGAGAAAAUCAACGCCUACAGCUACUUGGAAUGUUCCGCCAAGACCAAAGAAGGUGUCAGGGAUGUAUUUGAAACGGCUACUCGUGCUGCACUCCAAGUAAAGAAGAAGAAGAAGGGUGGAUGCGCUUUGUUGUAGGUUUUUGACUUGUCUCCGGUUUCCACGUGUUGUCAUCACGUACCAGUUGGUUACAGUGGCGCUAGAGGCUGAAUGCUUGGAGGGAUCACCAGUCUCUUCCGCGGCCUUUAUGGAAACAACUCCUCACCAUUUUAUUCAUUCACAGAAGACGGAAGUUCUGCCGCUUUAGGAGAGUGGGAAGGAGAGAGAUCGUGUCACAGCCAACAUUUUUUUGUUCUCUUGUCUUUCCUCUGACUAUUUGAAAGACUGUGUUCUUAAUACUCUGUCUUGGUCGUUUGGUAAUUUAACUAUAGUAAGCGUAAAUUUUGAUAUUUGGUGAUAGUUUUAUAUCUUGUAUUAUUUUCCUUUUCCAAUUUUUCUUAGACAGCAAUCUGACCAUGAUACUUCACUCCGUGAAAUGCAAGAUGGAGAACAGUCAGACAUUUUAAGUGUAUAUGCCAUUAUUUUUGUUUAUUGUUUUAACAUCUAUUUAGCCCAGAAUAGCAUUCCUUGUCGUCUUCAAACUGCCUAUUCAUUCUCAUAAUAAGUUGAAGAAAUCUCAAGAUUAAGGACUGUACCGUGAAGAUUGAUUAUGUUCUCCAUUUGUUUGAAUGAAUAUUGGACGGCUGCCUUGGAUUAAUCGUUAAGGAAUAGCUUUUUUGUGUGCUUCUUUCAUAAGUAUAAUGCGCAUUCUUAUUCAUUUGUAGAUAAAAUCUUUGGCAAUGUGUGAGGUCUGUGCCUGAUGUUUAAGACUUACUCUCCAAGGAUUUAAUUGAUUUCUAGAAUUCAAACACAGUGCAUGCCUCUUUGUUAAAACUACUUAUAUUUAUCUGCAUUUGAAUGAAGAGAUUGUCAUGCAUGUACAAAUAUUUAUCUGUGGAUAAAUAAUGAGAGAUAUGGCUGAAGAUCGGCCACAAGACACCCUUACACAGUUUUUACUACAGGUAUACAAUGGACCAGGAGCCAGUGAUUCCAUGUUGUCAGAUAUGCGUGUUGCGUCUGUCUCAUCUUAUAUAUACAGUGGCAUCCACUCGAUUUGUUUUUUGGGUAUACGGGACAAAAAGUCGGUACAAAAAAAACAUAUUAAAAGUGUAAAACUAUGCAAAAAAUAAUAAUAAAUAAAUAAAUAAUAAAUAAAUAAAAUAGCAACAGCAACAACAUUAAAUCCUCGUACAUGUAGUGAUAAGUGUAAGUUAUUAAUGUUUCUAUGUUUGUUGCAUGCUUAGCUUUUUAAGGUUUAGUUUUUUGUUUUUUCCUUUUUUUGUUAGGGUUAUUGGGCUUGUUCAUCUUUGAUCAACUUCUCAUUGUGGAUAUAUAUUACAGUGUCUGUAUUCAUGUCUUUUUUAGUGUUUGAUCCCUGUCAAUGCUUGCAUGUCAGUAUGUGCGAACAAAAGCCAAAAGAAAAAUACAAAAAUAAUAUCUGAGUAUGUUUCCCCUUUAUAAGGUUGCAUGGAUGAUCUGAACGUGAAUAUGGAACAUUGUCUGCUUGUUGAUGUGUGCUGUUCUUUAUUAAUGGUAUCUUCGCACUGAGUUACAUUCGGAGCAGGACACUUGUAUACGAUAAUUAAGCAUGCUCCGGAUCAGCAGUUUAACUGACCAAAUUACCUGUCCCAUUUACUGUUAAAUAGUGUGGAUACCUACAUGUAUAUCGUACUACAUGCACAACAGGUGAACCGUGCAGUCGAUGAAAAGAAAUUAAUGCAACUGUAAAUUUAUGCAAUAGCAUUAUUUUUGGUUUUUUUGAAUUCCAUGCCUAUACACCUUCGUUCUCGCCAUUAUAGUGUAAACUUACAGCUUUUUAAAAAUUUAGUCAGUAUAUAUCAGUUUCUUCUGUGUGUGUAAAGCGCGAGUGGUUGAUUUCGCUCUUUUUCAAAUAGUAACAACAAAGAUAUACAGUUUUCCAGAACACUCAGCAUGACUAUCUGUUGUGUCUCCCCAUGUGAAUGCGUCUCUUUCUGCCCUUGUUUUUUUAUGCAGAGGACACUGUUCUUUCGGUUCACAUUUGUACAUGUGUUGUAAACCAAGGCGUAACAUAAAUAAAACGGUUCUCUUUGU